CUGACGUCCCAAUGAGGUCCGGUUGGCUCAAAGGAUUAUUGCUGGCCGUCUUUGUGACGGCGGCCCUCCUGUUCCUGAGCUCCAUUGGAAGCCACAAGAGGGACAACUACGACAACUCCAUCAGGGAGAAAAAGAUGUGGCAGAAGUUGGAGCAGGGCAUGGACCGGCUACUCGACCUGGUGGAGAAACUUGAACCAAAAGAGUCGUCAAUCCAGCAGAAGGAAGUCAAAGUAGUUAAGAAGGUGGCGGGGAAGAAACUCUUCCCCAACUCGGCUCUGUUCAAGACGUGGGGCGAUGGGAUGUCGGAGGAAGAGCAGAAAGAAGCAGAGAACCUGUUCGGCAGAUUCGGUUACAACGCCUUCCUCAGCGACAGGCUCCCGCUCAACAGGGAGAUACCCGACACAAGGCCGGCCAGAUGUGCUGAGAGGAAGUACCCGGAUGAUCUACCCAGCUUGAGUGUGGUGUUGAUCUACCUGGAUGAAGCUCUGUCCAUCAUCAAGCGGGCCAUUCGUAGCAUCAUCGACAAGACACCCGCUCGUCUCCUGAAAGACAUCAUACUGGUGGACGACCACAGCACCAACGAGGACCUGAAGGAGAAGCUGGAAGCGUACAUCAACGUCAUCCACGAGGAACGUCAGGGCCUGAUCAAGAGAGUCCAGCACACUGAGCAACUGGGCCUCACUCAGGCCAGACUGUCAGGAUGGAAAGUGGCCACGGGCGAUGUGGUGGCCAUCUUGGAUGCCCACAUUGAAGUCCACGUGCAAUGGGCAGAACCAUUGCUGGCUCGCAUCAAGGAGGACCGAACUGUCAUUGUGACACCAGUCUUUGAUAAAGUCAAUUACGAUGACUUGAAGUUGACCCGCUACGGUCCUGCUGCCGAUGCCUUUGACUGGGCCUUGUGGUGCAUGUACGAGUCCUUCAGGCCUGAGUGGUACGAGCUCAAGGACGAGUCGCAGCCUGGCAAGAGUCCGUCUGUCAUGGGGAUACUUGUCGCAGAUAGCAAGUUCUUUGGAGAGAUCGGAAGUCUGGACGGAGGAAUGAAGAUAUACGGUGGUGAGAAUGUCGAGCUGGGCAUUCGGGUUUGGCUGUGCGGUGGCAGCGUGGAAAUCAUCCCUUGCUCCAAAAUCGCACACAUCGAGCGUGCGUCCAAGCCGUACCUGCCGGACUUGAGCGUCACCAUGAAGCGCAAUGCACUGCGGGUGGCCGAGGUGUGGAUGGACGAAUACAAGCACAACGUCAACAUCGCAUGGAACCUUCCGCUGGAGAAUCACGGCGAGGACAUCGGCGAUGUGUCUGAGAGGAAGAAGCUGAGGGAGAAGCUUAACUGCAAACCCUUUAAGUGGUACCUGGAGAACGUUUACCCCAUGUUGGACCCUCUCGCCGACUUGUUGGCGUACGGAGCAUUGAUAAACAAGCUGAAGCCGGAUCUCUGCAUUGACCAAGGUCCAGUUCCAGGCAGCACCCCCAUUCUCUACUCAUGCCACUACUUCGCCCCUCAGCGCUGCUACUACCGCACCAACGGACAACUUUACAUCGGUGGCAUCAAGUCCCACAAGUACAACAACAACCGCUGCUUGGUGGAUCCUGGCAAAGGCAUUUACCCGGCGCUGUACGACUGCAAGAUGGCCGCUGAGAAGAAGUUCCACAUGUUGUGGGACUUCCAACAGGGAACGUCCAUCCAGAACAGGGAGACAAAGAGGUGUCUGGAGAUCGCCACGGGUCAAGACGGCUACUACGAGCUUAUCAUUCAGCGGUGCACCGGUCAGAUCUGGAACAUACAGAAUUACAUCAAAGAGAGGGAAGUAAAGAAGGGACUUGAUUUUGGACUCCUAUUGUUCAACUUGUACAUGCUGCCAUUUGGCCAGCUAAUACGCAACUCCAAUGCAUCUUACUACAACUAUGCAGAUAACGCUCAGAUCUACGGGUCACUGAUGGCAGCUGAACGUCGGCAUGUUGAGUCACUUUGUCGCUGCAUAGAACAGAUCGUUGUGUGA